UGGCAGCGCCCCGCCUCGCCCCACCCCUUCCCCGGGGCCCGGGAGCAUCUUAAUGAGCAUCGAGCCCGGCCUGGCCUUGGCCCGGUGCGCCCGAGCCCUGCGUCCUGGGCAUUGGAGUCCUGCACCGAGCACUGUGCACCAGGGGACCCCGACCCUGCGCCUCAUAGCCUCAGUUCUGAGCCCUGUCUCACACGCUCUGGGCCCUGUGUUAGUUACCGAGGCGCUGGAGCAUUGGGUUUGCACUGUCCGCUAGGAGCCAUUCCCUGAGCGCCAUGCACCCUCAGCUCUGAGCCCUGCCCUGUGUACCAGCCGUGCUUAUGUGGGAAUCCAGCUCCACGAACUCUGGUUCGUGCCCCAUCCACCCUCAGCUCUGAGCCAGGCGCCCCGGGUCCCGGAUUGCGCACCCUUGUUCUCUUACAUGUACCACAUCAGGGCAACUUGCAUGGUUGGCUAAUGCACAGGGGUUGGACACCGUUUAACCCCCCCCACCCCCUUAACAUGCUGCAAGAUAUUAAGAGGAUGGCUGCAGGGGGUUGUAGGCCUAGCAGCAGAAGGGUCUCGGCUGUGUUGGAUCCCAGCUCUAUGUCCACUUCUUCUCGCAGAGCGAGCCAUGGCUGGAAGAGGAGGCAGAGGGAGGGGUCGGAGCCAGAUGACCUUCAACGUGGAAGCUGUGGGCAUUGGGAAAGGCGACUCGCUGCCCCCAUCCACCCUCCAGCCCUCACCGCUCUUCCCUCCCAUGGAGUACAAGGCAGUCCCUCUGCAGACGGGUGAGGAGGUGGAAUACAUGCUGGCACUGAAGCAAGAGCUGAGGGGAGCCAUGAAGAAUCUGCCAUAUUAUGUCAAGCCGGCCGCCCCCAAGAAAGAUGUUGAGCGCUACUCAGAUAAAUAUCAGAUGUCCGGCCCCAUUGAUAAUGCUAUUGAUUGGAACCCAGAUUGGCGGCGUUUACCGCGGGAGCUAAAGAUCCGAGUUCGAAAGCUCCGGAAGGAGAGAACCACCAUUCUGAUCCCCAAGCACAAACAGCGGCUCCCGGUGGACAAGGAGGAAGCCAUUAAGAAACUGGAGACCCUUGAGAAGAAGGAGGAGGAAGUGACGUCGGAGGAAGAAGGGGAGAAAGAGGAGGAGGAGGAGGGCAAGGAAGAGGAGGAAGAGGAGUAUGACGAGGAGGAACACGAAGAGGAGACGGAUUACAUCAUGUCCUAUUUCGACAACGGGGAGGAGUUUGGGGCCGACAGUGAUGACAACAUGGACGAGGCGAUAUACUGAGGGGAGCCGGGUUGCACGGAUACCAGACUGGCGCGGACGGUGCUUGGACGCCUGGGGCCGCGGAACCCAGCUGUCUGCCCGCAGCAGGGACGGGUGUGCCACGUGGGUGACGGCCGAUCCCUCAGGGAAGGGGGCGGCCGUGUCCGGGCUCGCUGGGGACACCCCCAUCCUUCCUCCAGCUCGGUCACCAUUUCUGUCGCCGCAGCGGGAGGCUUGGAUUCAGAUCAGCCGCUGAGGCGUGGCCCUUUGCUUCCUGCCUGGCCUCCACCCCUCUUCGAGUGGGCCAGAUGGGGGUGCUUAUGGGUUCUCAGCUUGGAACCCUCCAGAGGAAGAUCUCUCGCUUCACCCCUAGGUGGUGCUCUUGAUUCAUUUUCCCAGCAGCUGCUUCUUGGAGGCGGAUGGAAAAUUCUGCCGGGAUGGAUAGAGAAUUGAACCACAGCUGACAUAACCAGCGUGACCGAGUGACAGAUAUCCUCUGCCUUCGGACACCCCACUCACCCACCCCCAGCUACCCCAGGGGGUCCCGCCUAGCUCAGCUGUGGGAGAAACUGUACAGAACAAUGGGACUGUCAUGUCCUGUGUUAAUCAGCCUCUGCCCCGGAGGAGGAGGUGAAACCAGCAUUGAAACCCAGCAGGGAGUGGUGAGCGGCUCCCACCCCCACCUCCCCGUCGUCCAGUCCGCUUCACUCCCACUUGCCUCCCCCUGCGAUCUGGAACUGAACUCCGGUCCGGCUGUUUGAUCUGGGCACACGGAGUGGGGCGGGGCGUCUAUUUCCGGGUUAGUCCAGGGUUUUAAUAGGAAACCUCAUUGCACCACAGGCGCGUAGGGCUACAAGGGGGAACAUGAAUGGGACUGUUCUGCAGACUCACGUCCCUUCCCAGUCCUGGGCCUGAUUCUCCAGGGCCUGACCCCUCAUGCAGCCAGCCGCUUUGCACCACUGUGAACGGCCUGGUGGGGUGCGAAGCGGGAGAUUGCACCAGCGUUUUGCACGGGGGGGUAAACAACCACACCAGGAGGCAGGGCCACGAAGAAUCAGGUCUGGGGGGGGGGGGGGUUCACAGAGGAUUUUAAUCCCAUUUCAGACCCUGGACAGUCACCUGCUUCCCCGCCUCCCCUCGCCCCGAGGAGUCACCGGCUGACUUUGAGGGAUCCCGCCCCAAUCCUGGAGGUGCCCUAUAGAGGUUCCCCAUGUGGGGCUGGUGCCUUGACAUGCUCUUGAGGCUUGUCUCAGAAUGGGGUCCAUCCUGCUUUGCAUCAGCCUGGCAGUGACUUGUAUCUCCCCAGUCUGCAAAGUUUUAAUAAAUGAGGGUGUUUUUACUGUCCCUUUAAAAUAUUUUAGAGCGGGUGGGUUAAUACAGGAGGGAGCGUCUCCCUCCCCCACGAUGAUUUUAUGCUGCUCGGUGGUUGUAAUGUACUUUCCUCCGCCACAUCCUGCCUAGCUUAUAACCCCCAGCCCUGCAGCCCCCCCUUCCGGAACUGAGCCAGGCUGCAGGGGCGGGGUGUUUGGGGGAGGGGCAACUCCUUGGUUUGACCCCCCUGUUGAAAGAAACUGGUGAGUGCCCCCAAAAUGUAUUUGGAUGAGUUUUAAAGAAAGAUUCUGCACACAGAAUUGUGUGUCUGUGUGUGUGUGGUGUUUGUAUACGGGGUGUUUGUGCUUAUGUUGUGUUUUGUUGUGGUCUUCUCACGUGUGUGAAUUUGUUGUGUUUGUGUGUUGUGUGCUGCUUGUGCGUUUCUGCAUGUGGCGCUUUUGGACGUUUGUAAGGGUGGGUGUUUGUCUGUUGGGGGCGGGAGCUGGGAUGUGUAUGUCUGCGUAAAUUGUAUGUUGUGUGCUCCAUGGGUUUGUGUCUUUGGUA